UUGUCAGGGUAUUUAUGUACACCUAAAGCUUGCUCACAGCUUCUUUGCUUGCGUAACUUUUCCUUGGAUAUUUAUGUACAUCCAAACUUGCUCGCAGCUUUUUACUUGUCUGUGUAACUUCUGCUUGGGUAUUUAUGUACACCCAAACUUGCUCACAGCUUCUUUGCUUGCGUAACUUUUGCUUUGAUAUUUAUGUACAUCCAAACUUGCUCGCAGCUUUUUGCUUGUCUGUGUAACUUCUGCUUGGGUAUUUAUGUACACCCAAACUUGCUCACAACUUCUUCACUUGCGUAACUUUUGCUUGGAUAUUUAUGUACAUCCAAACUUGCUCGCAGCUUUUUACUUGUCUGUGUAACUUCUGCUUGGGUAUUUAUGUACACCCAAACUUGCUCACAGCUUCUUUGUUUGCGUAACUUUUGCUUGGAUAUUUAUGUACAUCCAAACUUGCUCGCAGCUUUUUGCUUGUCUGUGUAACUUCUGCUUGGGUAUUUAUGUACACACAAACUUGCUCACAGCUUCUUCACUUGCGUAACUUUUGCUUGGAUAUUUAUGUACAUCCAAACUUGCUCGCAGCUUUAUUAUUUGUCUGUGUAACUUCUGCUUGGGUAUUUUAAUGUACACCCAAACUUGCUCACAGCUUCUUUUUGCUUGGAUAUUUAUGUACAUCCAAACUUGCUCGCAGCUUUUUUGCUUUGUGACUUUUUGUCUCUUAACUCUUGUUAGAGUUGUGCAUCUUGUAAUUGAAUUCCUCUGCUUGGAGCUUUUUAGCCUAUGUGGCCUUCUCCCAAAAGUUUCUCAAGAGAAAGAAUUUGAUUCAUCAUUUGAUGUGGUUGAAUGUGAUUGUAACAAAGCUUCUUCAAAUAUGGAGGUAGUUGUAUCUUGACUGUUUUCUGUCUUUGGUACUUUCAUUAUCUAUAUCUUUUUCUAUUUUCCGCUUUCUUUCUGAAUUUGAUGUUUCUUGUGCUUCUUUUAUUGCCGCCCUUUCUUCUGCUCUGAUGUAUCCUUCCGCCCUUCUUAAGAGAUCAUUAAGGCUGGUGGGUUCUCGCUUGUUUAGAGAUCUAUAGAAACUUGAGUCUUUAAGUCCGUCCAUUAGAGCAUGCAUUGCCAUGCUUUGGUCCAAUCGUUCUACUUGCACGGCUUCAUUGUGAAAUCUUGCUAUGUAGGCUCUUAGUGACUCUCCUAUUUUUUGUUUAAUUGUUAGGAGAUGAUGGUUAGUCUUUCGGGGAGCUCUGCUGGCAGUGAAGUGAUUGAUGAACAUGUUCGCAAAUUGAUCAAAGGAUUUAAGACCUUAACGAGUUCAGAGGAAUGUAGUUAGCAUAUUUUGGGAAGGAAGCUCAUCGCUUGGACAACUGAAAGUCUUCUGACAAAAUGAAGCUCGCUAAUUUGC